AUGCAGUGCCCAAUUGUUCAGGAAAGGGACCAUAACCGUGGAAAUGUUAAAAUGAAGACUUUUAACACUUUAAAGAGUUGCAAAAAGGAGUCUAAUCUGGACAACAUUGUUGAUCAGCUGUGCACAAGACUUCAAAAUCAAGAAAGCGCGUCAAUAAUAGGCAUGCCCACGUGUUCUUUGGAACAAACAGAGGCUGUGCGACGAUAUUACGCUGCAUUUCCGGCUCUAAAGAAAGGGAAAGAGUCGCCAUUGCAGUACUAUUUGCCACCGCCGGCCUGGUGUCGAAAAUCAGAUACAAAGGUCAAGAUGCAAAGUGAACUGUCAAUGCCGAAAGAUUGGAAUUCCAAAAAUAAAAAGUAUAGUUCAAGCAAGGAGCGUCGCAACUCAUACCACGGGCAGAAGAAAAAUAGAAAGCGCUACAACAGUUAUAGCAGGUCCUUUGAGUGUAAAGAAAACUUGCCGGAGUGGAUGACUCACGAGGGCGUUUGGGAUAUGGAGACUCAGGAUCCGGUAAAGGAAUUCAUUAGAGCCAUCGCAUUAGACGAGGGUUAUGGUACCUGCGAAAACACUGUAACGGACGAAAUCAAAGAGAUCACACAGGCCAGGUUCAGACUGCAUGACAACAUGGUGCCAGACUGGGAUGACAGCCUCGACUUAGAAGCCGAUUGGGUAAUAACGGAGGAUUUAAAUCCAAGAGUUAGGUCACCCAUGGAGGAGGAGCUAUAUGCAAAAUUCGAGGCUAAAUUCGAUCGGAGCAUCGAGGCACUAUGGUCCAAGGAUCAGAACACUCCUGACGACGAAUACCAAGAUCUACCGAUCGAUUUUCAAGAUUUACUCUCGUCUCCCUCGGACCACCUGUUCGCCGAUCCGUCCGCAGAAAAGUGCAGCAUGAUCUCUCUCACCGAAAGCAUCUGGUCCACCGAAGCCACCGAGGCCCCGGAGACGAUUGUCGAGUCCCCGAACAACGUCGCGGAGGGCCUCCACGACCGACUGCGCCCCCUCAACAUCGACGACCCGCCAUGUCCGCGCGAGAUAGAGUCCUUCGCACUGUACGAGGGUGAAGAGUUGUACGAAGCGCUCUCCUCCGUCGCCAAGACGAUGCGCUCAUACACCGCCAUCAACCACAGCCGCGACGCCAGCGGGUUCGCGGAGGUACCGCCCCGGCGCCACCGCGGGCCUCCCGCCGGGCCCCCUGUGCCCGCCGCCGGGCACCUCGCGCCCCCCGCCGGGCCACCCGCGGCUGAGCGCGAGGACCUGCUGACGGCGGCGCGCACUCACUUCCGCCCCAUCCGGCGCGAGGACGCCGAGCCGCCGCGCUAUGCCGACGGCGACACGUUCGACAUCCGCGGCGACCUCGACCCCGCGCCAUUCCGCCGCAGCGACUCGGGCGGCCUCUACCUCGAGGGCUCGCGCGAGCGCUACCUCGAGUAUCGCGAGGCGCACACCAUCGACUACACCCGCCUGAACCUGACGGCGGCGCAGCGCUGUCCCGACCUCGACGACCCGGCGUUCCGUCUGCGCUUUCCGGUGCGUCAGUGUGAUGCGGCCGCGCAGACCGCCGCGCCCGCCGCCGCAGCCGCCGCGUGGGAGUGCGAUGAGUGCGGUGGUUCUGCCAAGAAGAUGCGGCCCAACGCCAUCCACAGCAUCUGGAGCUCGACGCAUGCGUGCUCGUGCGGCGCGCCCGCGGUUGCUGCGCCUGCGACCGGGGUGGGCGGGGCGGUGCUGGCGGCGGCCGAGCUGUCGCGCGAGUGGGACGAGCUGUUGCGAGACAUCAGCCUGGCGGCGGGCGCGGAGAUGAGCGUGGGGGUGGGCGUGGGCGUGGGCGUGGGGGAGGCGGUGGACCGCAAGCGGCGGCACAGCGCGGCGCUACGCUUCCUGCACUGCUGCGGCGCGGCGCUCGACCGCCCGCUCACGCGC